UAGUGCCUCAUAUGCCGCCACCAUUCGCUCGCUCACUCAUCUCCAGCAGUUUGACUCAUCGAGUUUACUUGGAGUGAGAGAAUUGAGUUGUUUACCUGAAGCCAACGGACGGGCGUUGGGUGUCUUCUGGGCUGUUGACAAAAACAUAAAUGCGGCUCACUCGCACUACAACGUAGACGUGUAGACAGAUACGAGGGCUACUAAGCAGGUCUGAGCCGAAGAAAUGCGAAAUGAUCGUAGCGCCUGAGGUGUGAAUGUUUUUAGAAGUUGUACGGUAGAAACGGGCGUGAGCAGACGUGUGGGGAUAGCGAAGUAAACAAACUUACGUGAAUAAGUGUCAAUUUAAUUAUGAAACCAGAAGCUUAAAAAAAAAUACUUUUUAUUUAGUGCAAUAAAACAAAACUAAGCGAUUGAAGAAGGAAAUCUGUAAGUGAACCGUCAACGUGCAACUAGUGAACCUGUCGCUUAACGGUGUUUCCAGUUUCUAUACUGAAAAGCGCGCUUUGUUUAGUGACACUAAGUGAAUGGAAAAAAUAUGUAUAAAAAAAAAUUGUGUUGUGCUCAGUGCCAAAGCUAAUCUUGUUAAUUAUAGCUAACAAACAGUAGUGACACGAAAACCAAAGUCAUUAUAAUAUUGAGAACCAAAACCACAAAAGCACUGUCGAUAAUACAUAAUUUGUUAUAUUUUCAAUUUGGUUGGUGCGUGUUUGGAAUAUUAAAAAAUAAAAACAAAAUCAAUAAAAUAAAGCAAAGUCUUACGGCCAAGCGUGUGGAAUUUAAAAUAGUUUAACGAAAAGCAAAACAAAGCACAUUUGCGCAAAAGAAAAAAAAACUUGUUUUUAUAUAAACAUACAUACAUUCCUUAGUGUUUGCUGUUAUUAUACCCUUUACUGGUUAUAACUGUAUCCAACAAGUGAUACCGGAUACAAGCUUCCGUCUUUUUUGGAUUAUUUGCGCAGUACUGGAACAGUAACUAAAGUAAAUUAGUGUUCUAUCAAUCUGUAUUCUACCAAAAAAAAAAACCAAAUCAAAAUAUGGCUUUUCAACGCAGUUAUAGCAAAGUGUGGUGGGGCUCCGACAACCAGCAACUACCCUCAUCUUUAUCACUAUCCUCAGCGGCUGGCGGUGCUACAUCCUUAACAAAUGGUACUAGCUUUACAAGUGGCGGCUUCUACUACGGUUCACAGUUUUCCCAGAAGACACAGCAGCAAUUGAAUGCGCAGCGUUUCCAAUACAAUAACCACAGUGGCGGCUACCAUUCGCUCGAUUCGGGCAGCAUUCGCUCGUAUGUGGGGAAUUUAUCGCGCAUACAGGAAGUCGACGAUGAGCACAACAGCUCCAAGUUAUCGUGGGGCAAACGUGAUAGCCCCGGUAGUAUGCGCAGUCAGGACUCUGGUUUCUCUGACAAUGAUGAAUCGCAUAGUGGUCGCAGCCUUGGUGGUCGUUCAUCCAAACCUGCCUCGCCCAGCUCAAAGUCCACCGGCAGUGUAGUCGGUUCACCGAAUUCCGUACGUUCGCUGACAGUGGAGACACCACCCACAGUUAUUCGACGAGUUGGAAAGUCAGAAUUCUAUUCACCGUUGGUGAACGUAUCCCGUCGCAUAUCAUUUUCCGGUUCACCUGCCACAGCCGCAACACUGGAUGCCGCCAUUUCUGGCAGCGGUUUAAAAGCUGCAACGCAAGUUUCGCCGAAACAGUUGACUGCCGCUGAAUCGUUGAUGAAUGAGGCCGUGAGUGCUGCGAAGAAAUUAAAUUUUGAUGAUGCAAAUACGUGUGGCGGACAAGCAGUUGCCGCCCCACAACAGGCGCAGCAGCAGCAGCCGAAACGUCGACGUCGCAUUAGUCGCCAGCCAACAAAGCCAUUGUCGCCCACAAAACGGCGCACUCUUCUGGAAGAGACUGACAUUAGUGACCAAGAAGGCGGUGCUGGCAGUGAUGUAACAAGCAAUUCGUUUGAUGAGCUUGACCGAUCAGCAGAGCGUAAUCGUUCACGUACUCGUUUGCACAUUGUGCCAGCCUACAACAAUGAAACGGUCUAUUUAGGUGUAUCUUGUACAUCUCCCACUACCAAGCCGUACAACAAUGAAACUAUGAUUUUGGGUGCCGGUGGUGAAAUCACCAGUGCUUCCUGUGAGGACACCAACAACAACACACUCAAAUUAGAUGAACUCGAUAAGACAAUGUCGCCGCUGAAAGUAGAUGAGCAGCGUUACUUGGCCAGCACGAGUACGCCAAAAGCAUCACCAAGCGAACAUGCGCGUUCGUGGAUCCAAAUGUCUCUCCGCCAGGUGGCACGGGAGUACACAACUCCGCUGCUGAACGGUCGUAUGUGUGACCUGCAACGUUGGCUUUAUGAUUUGCGUUAUUCAUACGAGCAGGAAGUAAUGUCAACGCUACAAACCAAGUCUAUUGCACAGGAAGCUUUCAAGAAUUUGACAAUUACCACAAACACAGUGGCCAAGCUGAUACGCCAGCUGCAACAGCGCGCGCUCUGCAUGCAAUCAGAUUUCGAGCGCGUCGAACGCAUACUAUCAGGGGCGCAAGAAGCUACGCUACAUGAAGCGCUAUCCAGCGCUGAGCAGCUUGUUGCGAAUGUGGCGGAGUUUACGCAGGUACUCGAACGACGCGCGGUUUUUUUCAAUGAGUCGCGCGUUGAUCGCAAGCGAUAUGAGGAAAAUAUCGAGCAGAUACGCAUAAUCACCAAAGAUACGCGAUACUCGCUCGAACGUCAGCACUACAUCAAUUUGGAAUCGCUAUUGGAUGAUGUGCAAGUGCUUAAGCGCUAUUUGCUGAUCAGUGUGCGGCAAGUGUUCCAGAAGAUGGUGCGCAUUAUAGUGCAGAGCGUAGAGCAGGGUCAGUGUGAUCUUAUGCUGCGCGCCAACAUUAAUAUGAUAGCCACCUUGAUGAAUAUCGACUACCAGGGUUUCGCUUCACUCACAGAUGCCUUUGUGCAGAACGAAGCUGUACGCGCUCUGCUCAUCGUUUGUCUGGAGAAUAAAUUAUCUUCGGUGCGCGCGCUAGCCUUACGUGCGUUGGCUACAAUUUGUUGCUCACCGGCGGCUAUUGCGCAGUUAGGCGCCUGCGGUGGCAUAGAGAUCGUGCGCGAUACCGUGCAAGUACCGGGCAGAGAACGGUCAGGUGAAUUGAGACGCCGAGAUUUAGAGCGACGUGAAGCUGUUUCGCUGUUAACACAAAUCACCGCAGCCUGGCAUGGGCCUGAGCAUCGAGUUGACGGUUUAAAGGCAUGUGCAGAGAUUAUUGUCGAGGGACUGACACAGUUGAUAACGAGCACCGACUGUGCGCAGACGCUGUUGCUAUGCGCAGCAGCGUUGAAUAAUCUCAGUCGCAUUGAGGUGACAUCGCACUACUCGAUAAUGUCGAAUGAGGCGAUAUUUAAGCUGAUAGCAGUGGUGCAGGGACGAGGGGAGGAGACAUCAAUAUUUUUAUAUGAGCAAAUCGUUGCAAUGUUACACAAUAUGUCAGUGAACAAGAAGUGCCACAGUCACUUGGCCAAUGGCAGCAUCAUAAAUUUCAUCACGUCCGCAUACCAAACGGAGUUCUACAAAAGCUACAAUUCGCGAGCGGAGAGCGACGCACAGCGGCGCACCAUCAAAGCUAUUCUGCAUACGUUGACACAUUUGGUGCACGAGUCCAGUCUGGGCAUUGAACUGUUGGAGCAGCAUCGCGGUGUGCCUGCCUUCUUCCGGCAGGCAGUGCUCAUCGGUGGCGGCGGUAGUGGUAGCGCAGGUGGCGAACACUGGUCUUUGGAUGGCAGCCACAGCAGAGAUAUUUCGUUUUUGGCACGCCAAUUGCUGCAGGCCCAAAGACAGGAGCAGGCCAAUAUAACUGGGAUGUCAACGACGACGCUGGUUAGAGAUAAGGAGAUUAGCAACGCUGACGCUGAGUCUACUGUGGUUAGUACGAGUGCCACUGCUGGCGAUGGUGGUGGUGCUGUGCGAGGUCGUGUUGGCAGCGGCAACAGCAGCGCAGGCAAUUUUAAAUUCAAUUUGACGCGACAGGAGAGUUUCGUCUGAGUGGCUGCAUGCAACAGAGUUGUCGUAGUUUGGUACGCGUUAAGGCGCUUUAGGCUGUUGUGGCACCGAAUUAUUCUAUUUGCCGGCUAUACUGGGUUGCCGGCUAGAGGGCACACAUACAUAUAACUUGUAUAUAUUAUCGAGGCAAUCGUGCGCGUAGCAUCGAUUUGGUGUCGUAAAGGUUGGAGCAGCUGCUGGUAACGUACGUACAUACAUAGUUGUAGUGGUGACAAUUAGCACGUGACGGCAUCGAGAGCUGCAUUCAAAAAACGAAUUGAAAAUUACAAUUGAAAAGCUGCUGGGUUUGGAAGAUUUUCGUACUUUAUUUUGGGUGGCUUUGCCAUUUUUGCUAUGUAAAAAUGUGUGCAAAGCCUAUUAUUUGUAAUAAGAAAAUCAUAUAUUUUAUGUAUUUUAUUUUUAUAGGUACAUAUGUACAUGCAUACAUAUAUAUGUAUAAGUAUAUUAGGGCGGGUAAUUUUUCUUUACCAUGCGCGUAUACCAUAGGACGAAUCUACGUGUAAUUCUAAGAAAAUUUUCCGAAGAAAC